AUGAAGACCGUCUUGUUCACUAUUGCUCUGGCUGUUGCCGCAAGAGCUGUCCGCGUCCCUCUGUGCUCAGCAAUUUGCAUGACCAAUGGUAUUGCUGCCACAGGAUGCUCUACCAGUGACACGGCAUGUAUCUGCACGUCUGAAAGGUUCUUCCCGACAGUCGCGGAAUGUGCCGAAUCUGAUUGCAGUGGGGACAAGUCUGUUGUAGACACUGCCGAUCGGUUUUGUGCAAAUGCAGGUAUCCAUGUGGAAGUGAAGAGAUGGGGCGGCAGUGAAAGCCACGGCCAAGGUCAGGGUGGUCACGGUCCUGGUGGUUACGGCAGCCACUUUGGCCAUGGCCGCUGGAAUGGCGGCCCACCGGCGGGGCCGGGAGGAAAAGGCCCAGGUCCUCAAAGCUGGAAGGAAACUGAUGCUAAAGGGGGCUCGCCCGCAACUGCUAAUGAUGGUCCAACUGAUGGUUCGGCUAGAGGCUCAACCCCGGGGACUUCUGGCAACUGGGCGGACUGGUCCUCGGGGGGCUUGACCGAUGGUUCUUCAGGAGGUUCCUCUGGCGGUGUUCAUGACGGUUCUUCUGGAGCUCCAGUAAAUCAAGCAUGGAGCGGCGGAAGAGGACGUCCUGUCUGGGGCGGCAACGGCAAUCCAUGGCAACAAUCCAAGGGAGGAGGCAAUCCACCCAACACUCCGACUUCCCAGAUCACUAUGAGCCGCACCCAACUGGACCCUGGGAACCGCCGGUGA